AUAUCAUGACCAUGAUUGUUUUAAAACAAGAAGAACAAAAACUCAAGGAGGACCAGUUCAGCAGACAAACACAAGAACUGGAAACCAGAAAGACCAGUCUGCUGGAAGAAACACAAGAACUGGAUCUUUUGAGGAAGGAUCUCAACAAGAAGAGGGAAGAGGUUGAAACAGCCAUGAACACCAUCAGUUCAGAGAGAGAGAUACUCAAUCAGAUGCAGAGUACUACUGACACACAGAGGACAAUGCUAAACAAUGAAAAGGACAGAAUGGAAAGAGGAAUGUCGGACCUGAAAACAAGAGAAGAUCGAAUAUUGAAUACGAUGAAAUCAAUGGAAAUUCUGAGGGAAAAACUUCAUCAGCUGAAUGAAAGGAUGAGUGAAGAAAUUAAAAACAAAAUGAUAAGACUGGAACAAAACAAUGAAGACACAUUUAAACUGUUGAGUGUUUUGGAGCAAAAGCAUGACGUUCUGGAUAAACAGAAAGAACAUAUGUCACGUUACACUGAGACGUUACAGAGGGAAAGAGAAAGGUUGAAGAUCAUGUUGUCAGAAAGUGUCACUCAAAGACAGGAAAUGGGAAAUCAACUGAAACAAGAGGCCUUGUUGGAAAGGACACAUCUUCUGGAACUGAAGGCAAAGUUGAAGAAAGAAAGAGAGGACCUGGAUAGAGAGAGUGAGGUGAUGAACAAAGAGAAACUAGACUUUGAUUUGAUCAGGUCGGACAUCUUGAAACAAAGGGACAUGUUGGAACAACAGAGACAAGAUAUAAAAGAAGAAACAGAGAAAUUGGAAAUCACAAAGACUGAUCUUCAAGUGUUGAAAGGACAAGCAGACAUUCAGUUUGAUGAGAUAAACAAAGAAAAAGAACUACUGGCUCAAAUCAAGACAACCAUUGAGAGUGAGAAGGAAUUGUUAAGUGAAAAAAGGAGGAUGGAAGGAGAACUUUCUGAUACGAAAACAAAAGAGGAGUGGCUUAUCAGGUUACUGAGCUCCAUAGGAGGUAUACAAGUAAAACUCAAACACCUUAAUCAAGUGAGCAAUGAAGUCUUUACAAAGAAUAUUGAGGUGUUAGGGCAGAAAUAUAUUGACAUGCUCCAAUUAAACUUACUAUUGGAACACAAGUUUAAGGAAUUUGAUAAAAAGAGAAAAGAGAUUACUAGCUAUUAUGAUAUGAUACAAACAGAUAAAAACACCAUUGUGACAGUGACAUUUGACAAGGUUGUACAAACAGAGGUGGCAUGGCAAAAAUUGCAUGAGCAAGAGCCAUGUGUUGAGAAACAGGUUUUGAAUAAACAUGAAUACUUUAAAUGUCAGGUUGUUAAGCAGCCAGAUUUCACAAUCCAGACUGAAAGAAUUGAUCAGCAGAAGUUCAAAGGAGAUAAACAUGAUCUUAAAAUAAAAAAUAAAUACUUGAAAAUGGAUAUCGAUGUUCUCGUGAUGGAUAAAGAAUAUGAAAAAAAUAAAAAUAAACUACUAUCAGCUUCAGAACAAGAUUAUUUUACAGACAAGAAAAGAUCAAAAAGGAAUUGUUUGCGAAAGAUCUGGAAGGACACUAAAAUGGAACGAAAUGAGAUCUAUCAAAUGAAGAUCCUGAGCCAUGAAAUGAGAAAUAACCUAGAGAAAAGACUAAAGUUGAUCAACCAGUUUGUGAGGAGACCAUGGCUACAAGAAAAUGAAUCAUUGGAGAAGGAGCUCAAACAAGAACUAGGUGAGGACAUGACAUCCCAAAGUGACUGGAAGAUAGACCGCACAAUGCUUGAUUUAAGACACACACAGCUCCAACAACUUAAAGCUGAAAAGCUCACUAACAUUGUCAAACUCUCUGACAAAGAAAAAGUGUUGAGGCCAAAGAGAACUACCAACAAUGAUCAAACAUUAAAUGUCAAUGUAACCACAGAGGACGAACAGCUAAAAAAAGGAGAAGCUUCUGCAAAAAUGUAUAAAGAACAGAAAAAGUUAGGAGAGAAGAAGGCAGCUCCAGAGACUUCCAGUGGACUCCUCAGUCAGCUGCAGCAAUACUACCGGUGCUGCUGCCACUGCUGCUGCAAGCAAGUCUGCCAGGAGUAACACUGAGAGACACGUCUGUGUUAAUGUCAUGAUAACUUAAAUGUAUGAUAUAUGAUAUAAAUGCAUGAUAUAUUAUUUAUACUUUUCUUACUUUUGCCGUUACACAAGGAUGAAACCUGAAUAUUUGUUACAUUGGCUGCCAGGAGUUCUGGUUUCUAGAUAGAGAAGACAUUGAAAAUGACGGCUUGACGUUUCCAUAUAUAUAAAAAUGACUUAAGCAAGAUUAAACUACUCGUUCAACCCUUUUAAAACCAUUAUAUACACUAAGAAAAAAAAUAGGUAAGGUAACAUCAGAGUGCGGAAAUGUUAACAUCCCAAAGUAUCUUGAAAAUGCUUUUCCUUAAAUUGGCUUUUGCACCAUGUUGGUUUGGAUAUUUACAAAUGUAUAAUUUAUUGGAGAACAAAGUAAGAUUUAACAGUGUUCUUUUUUGUGAACCAAGAGUGAGUGUUUGAUUAUAAAGAGUGAGUGCUUUUUUCAGGUUAUAUUGCAGUAUUACAUUUAAUGCAUUACACUUCCGUAUUAAAUACUAUUUAAAUACAGAAAAUGCUAAACACUUAAAACGUUGUUGCUCCUGCCCUUUAGUUUUUCUUGCUGUUUCAAAAAUGUUCAUUAAUUAACAUUGAUAUGUAACAAUAAUUUACAAAAAAUAAAUAAAGCAUUAAGAAAUGUAAA